UGCCCAAAGCUGCCAGCCUCCCAACCCCUCUCCUCCCCUCUCCUUCCCCGACCUCAUGCCAUCCACCUCGCUAGCGAUAGCCUGACUGAUAGGCUCGUCGCCAUCGCCGCCGUUGUUGUGACGGCGGCUGAUAUAGCCGGGGGAGAGAUCGAUUGAUUUGUACUAGCAGUAGUGGCAGCAUCUCCGGAAGCCAGAAGUGGAGAUUCUUUCCUUCUUUGCGCUUUGCCUCCACCAUGAUUCCCUUCCACCUUCGCGCCCGCCAUGCCAUCUAUAGCGCGUUCCUGCCGUUUUAAUGCCUAGUCCUCCCUCCUCUCUCUCCUCGUAAAAAAUCCGAUAAAUCUUCGGGAUCCGAGCGGAUCCACUGGGGUUGGUAGGCGGAUCAAUUCCCGGGGCGGGGAGAGAUUUCAGUCCGAGAAAAAGACGAGUCUUUCUCUGUCAUUUGUGUCCUGAUCGAUGAGCUUCGGCGGCAUGUUCGACGGCGCCGGCUCCGGCGUCUUCUCCUACGACGCCGGCGGGGGCGGCGCCGGCAUGCACAACCCAGCUGGCCGCCUCCUCCCCUCGCCGAACCUCCCCCGACCCGGCGGCGGCGGCGGUUUCUCCUCCUCCACCGGCCUCUCCCUCGGCCUGACGAACAUGGAAGGUGGGCAGCUCGGCGAUCCGAACCGGCUCGGCGGUCUGCUGGGCAGCGCCGGGAGCGUCGGCGACGGCGGCGACUCGCUGGUCCGCGGGCGGGAGGACGAGAACGACAGCCGCUCCGGGAGCGACAACCUCGACGGCGCCUCCGGCGACGAGCUCGACCCGGACAACGGCAACCCGCGCAAGAAGAAGAAGCGCUACCACCGCCACACGCCGCAGCAAAUCCAGGAGCUCGAAGCUGUGUUCAAGGAAUGCCCUCACCCCGACGAGAAGCAGCGGAUGGAGCUCAGCCGGCGGCUCAACCUGGAGAGCCGCCAGGUCAAGUUCUGGUUCCAGAAUCGGCGCACCCAGAUGAAGACGCAGAUCGAGCGCCACGAGAACGCGCUGCUGCGGCAGGAGAACGACAAGCUGCGCACGGAGAACAUGACGAUCCGGGAGGCGAUGCGGAGCCCGAUGUGCGGCAACUGCGGCGGCGCGGCGGUGCUGGGCGACGUGUCGCUCGAGGAGCAGCACCUGCGCAUCGAGAACUCGCGCCUCAAGGACGAGCUGGACCGCGUGUGCGCGCUGGCGGGCAAGUUCCUGGGCCGGCCCGUGUCCGCCAUCUCGUCCCCGCUGAGCCUCCCGUCGUCGCUCUCCGGGCUCGACCUGGCCGUCGGCAGCGCCAACGGCGGGUUCAUGGGCGGCGGCUCCGUGCUGCAGUCCAUCCCGGACCUGAUGGGCGGCGGGACGGCGGGCAUGCGGCUGCCCGCCGGCAUGAUCGGCGGCGGGCUGGAUGAUGGUGUUGGUGGCGCUGGUGAUGCAAUGGACCGCGGCGUGCUGCUGGAGCUCGGGCUGGCGGCCAUGGAGGAGCUGGUGAAGGUGGCGCAGGUGGACGAGCCGCUGUGGCUGCCCACCAGCCUGGACAGCGGCGGCGGGUUCGGCCAGCAGGCGCUGGAGAGCGGGGGUUUCCAGACGAUGAACUACGAGGAGUACCGGCGCGCGUUUGCCCGCGUGCUCGGCCCCAGCCCCGCCGGCUUCGUCUCCGAGGCCACCCGCGACGUCGGCGUGGCCAUCGUCAGCAGCGUCGACCUCGUGAGCAGCCUCAUGGACGCGGGCCGGUGGUCGGAGAUGUUCCCGUGCGUGGUGGCGCGGGCGAGCACGAUGGAGAUGAUCUCGAGCGGCAUGGGCGGCACGCUCAGCGGCUCGAUCCAACUGGUGAGCAUGCAGAGCUCAUCAUCGACAUCGACACUCCCGUCUCCGGCACGGUCUAAAAGCUCACUCGAUCGUGUUUCACAGAUGCGCGCGGAGCUGCAGGUGCUGUCGCCGCUGGUGCCGAUCCGGGAGGUGACGUUCCUGCGGUUCUGCAAGCAGCACGCAGAGGGCCUCUGGGCCGUCGUCGACGUCUCGGUGGACGGCGUCCUCCGUCCCAACGACGGCGCCGCCGCGGCGGGGUACAUGGGCUGCCGCCUCCUCCCCUCCGGCUGCGUCGUGGAGGACAUGCGCAACGGGUACUCCAAGGUCACGUGGGUGGUUCAUGCCGAGUACGACGAGGCCGCGGCGCACGAGCUGUACCGGCCGCUGCUCCGCUCCGGCCAGGCGCUCGGCGCGCGCCGCUGGCUCGCCUCGCUGCGGCGCCAGUGCGAGUACCUCGCCAUCCUCUGCUCCAACCCGCUGCCCUCGCGCGGCGACGGCCACCACGAGGCCAUCUCGCCCGUCGGCCGCCGCUGCAUGCUCAAGCUGGCCCAGCGCAUGGCCGACAACUUCUGCGCCGGGGUCUGCGCCACGGCGGCGCAGAAGUGGCGCCGCCUCGACGAGUGGCGCGUCGAGGGCGGCGACCAGCAGCCGCGCGGCGCCGGCGGGGAGGACAAGGUCAGGAUGAUGGCGCGACAGAGCGUUGGCGCGCCCGGGGAGCCGCCCGGCGUCGUGCUCAGCGCCACCACCUCCGUCAGGCUGCCUGGCACGUCGCCGCAGCGCGUCUUCGACUACCUCCGCGACGAGCAGCGCCGGGGCGAGUGGGACAUCCUCGCCAAUGGCGAGGCCAUGCAGGAGAUGGACCACAUCGCCAAGGGCCAGCACCAUGGCAACGCCGUCUCCCUCCUCCGUCCCAACGCAACGAGUGGGAACCAGAACAACAUGCUCAUCUUGCAGGAGACAUGCACCGACCCGUCCGGCUCCCUGGUGGUGUAUGCCCCCGUGGACGUGCAGUCCAUGCACGUCGUCAUGGGCGGCGGCGACUCGGCUUACGUCUCCCUCCUGCCCUCCGGCUUCGCCAUCCUCCCUGAUGGCUACAGCAAUGCCGUCACUCCGGACCCUACCUCUCAGCUGGGCUCGUCGCCGGACGCUCAAGGCGGCGGCAACAACAUCAACACCGGGUCACUCGUCACGGUGGCAUUCCAAAUUCUGGUGAACAACCUGCCGACGGCCAAGCUCACCGUCGAGUCGGUCGACACCGUGAGUAACCUACUCUCCUGCACCAUCCAGAAGAUCAAGUCCGCCCUGCAGGCAAACAUCAUCUCGCCCUAGCUCGGUAGCUAGCGGGCAUUUGACAUGGAUUCCGGCCAACGCACCAAUGCAACACCGGCCGGAUGCUACGUCAAAUGUCUAACUAGCUUGAUCACAAAGGUAGAGAAAGAAGAACAAGACUCAAGCAAGCAAGAACUUAUACAGUGGGGUGCAAGCAGAGAGGAAAAUAAAUUAUAUAGUGCGCAUAGAGGAAAAUGAAUGGGGUGCGACGCAAAGGGAUUAAGUCAAGAACGAACCGAGCGCUUGGCUUGCACUAGCUGAUAUGGUGCAUGGUUCGGGUAUUGACUUGAACUCUAGUGAAAAGAACCCCUAGGGCUUCGUUUACUAUAUUUUAGUGGUUUGAUUUAGUUAAUCUAUGGUUAUGUGAAGUUUUCACUUUUCUUUUACUCUCCAAAACAGGGGAAAUACAAUGUUUGUGUUUUCUUUAGCUGAUAAUAUUUGUCGUUUGUUGGUA